UGUGUGUGUGUGUGUGUGUGUGUGUGUGUGUGAGAGAGAGAGAGAGAGAGAGGGGAGCAAAACUCGAUGGAGGCGCGACGCUGUCACGUUUAACCGCUAGACGGCCUUCUUCAGAGUAUCCUCGAUUUUUCUAGGCUUCUCUGGUUUUCAGUGUAUUCUGCGCGCCAUGUGCCGCGUUGUUGCUGCUGUUUUGCGUGCAUCUUUAGCUUGCAGUUCAUCAUCAUACGUAUUGCCGCCGCGGUUCGAUAAGCGGUUCGUCGCAUAGUAGCUGUAGCGCAGUUGGCUCAGCCAGAGCAAGGACUGACCUCCGCCGCCCGCUCUGAGCUAUGUGCUGCGCUCGUCCGUGCCCCUCGACACUCCUCGUGCCCUCGUAGUGCUGGUGCAACGAGUAAAUCGUGAGAACCUGCAUCUUUGCUUUUUUCUUUCUCUGCCCUUGUAUUUUUGUUCGACUCGUGAACGGCGAGCGGUCGGAGAAGAUAGCGCGAGGGAGGAAGGAAAAAAGAGAAAAAGGAAAGAGAGAGAUUUAGCAUUAAAAAAAAAAGAGCAAGAGCAACGAAUUCUAGACGACAGAAUCACUCGAACGGUGUUCUCAAUAUAAUCUGUGAGCUUCAGCGAGCAAGAGAAAGAGAAAGAAAGGAAAAAAGAACAACGGGAGGGAGUGCAAGUGGCGUAUCAAGAUGGCGCAUAAUUUGGCACCGAGCGUCAAUUGCUCGCUCGACGACAUUGACCUGAACGCUUUGAAGGAGCCUGCUGGAAUCUUUGAGCUAAUCGAAGUGGUGGGCAAUGGAACUUAUGGCCAAGUUUAUAAAGGUCGACACACCAAGACCGGUCAGCUGGCGGCCAUCAAAGUCAUGGACGUCACGGAGGAUGAGGAGGAAGAAAUUAAAUUGGAAAUAAAUGUACUCAAGCGGUACUCAAAUCAUAGGAAUAUAGCUACGUAUUAUGGUGCCUUCGUAAAGAAGUCAUCACCCGGCAAGGACGAUCAAUUAUGGUUGGUUAUGGAAUAUUGCGGAGCUGGCUCCGUCACGGAUCUUGUCAAAUCGACUAAGGGCCAGAGCUUGAAGGAAGAGUGGAUAGCUUAUAUAUCACGAGAGAUACUGAGGGGACUUAGUUAUCUUCAUAGUAAUAAAGUUAUUCACAGAGAUAUUAAAGGACAAAAUGUUUUGUUAACUGAUAAUGCGGAAGUCAAACUUGUUGAUUUUGGCGUUAGCGCACAAUUGGACAGGACGAUAGGUAGAAGAAAUACAUUCAUUGGCACACCUUACUGGAUGGCACCAGAAGUUAUUGCAUGCGACGAGAAUCCAGAUGCUACUUACGACAAUAGAAGUGACCUUUGGUCACUUGGAAUUACCGCUCUAGAAAUGGCUGAAUCACAACCUCCGCUUUGCGAUCUACAUCCCAUGAGAGCUUUGUUUUUGAUUCCUCGUAAUCCACCGCCACGGCUCAAGUCUAAAAAAUGGGCCAAAAAGUUUCACGGAUUUAUUGAAACGGUGUUGGUGAAAGAUUAUCAUCAGAGACCUUAUACGGAACAGCUCCUUAAACAUCCAUUUAUACGGGAUCAACCUACGGAAAGACAAGUCAGAAUACAACUUAAGGAUCACAUCGAUCGUUGUAAAAAGCGCAAACAAGAAAAAGAAAGAGACGAUUAUCGAUACAGUGGUAGUGAAAACGAAGAGGAUGAACCGGCAUUAGCGGGCGAACCGUCAUCCAUAGUUCAAGCACCUGGAGGUGACACAUUGCGACGUAAUUUCCAACAGAUUCAGGAAGGCAGGACUUUGAUGCAAGACGUGCAAACACCUGCCGCUAAAGAAAAACCGGGAAGUAGAUCUCAGAGAGAGGUGCCGGAACCAGGACCACCCGCAAGACCAGCUAUACCACACAGACUCAUCGUGGUGCCCGAUCCACAACCACCAUCUCGUCCAUUACCUCCAACACCUAGAGAUGAUCUCCGACAACCGCAUAAAGUAUCUACACCGCCUUCUAAUCAUCAAACAGCUGCUGGAGGAGGAUCCAGCGGACAAUCCGCACCUCAAAGGAACAGUGUCUUUAAGCCUAUGCUGCCGCCGAAGAAGCCAGAGGACAUGGAGGUACUGGCCGCUCAACUCAUCGAGCUUGGUGUGUCGCAGGGCCCCGAGGCCCCGCCGAGGCCGAACAGGCAACAUAAAGGUCCCGCAGCUUCGUCUAUGUCGAAUUCGACGCAGCCCGCAAGUGGUAACGAUCACAACAACAAACAGAUGCCGCAAUCCUCCAGUAUUCUUGAUCAAGCGCUGUCGAUUGAGAGUGACAGCGAUGACGAUGAGGAUACUGGUGGGAAUAAUUUGAGAAAUGACGGCACUUUGCUAGCCAGCGACCCGCCCAAACCGCUUCCCGAAUUUUCUCCUUUCAGACCGUCAUCGGACUCGUCGUCAUCGUCCUCGCACAAUGCUCAAAAUUCUCAUCAUGAGGACAAGCCAAAAGGAGGAGCACCGAAUCGUCCGCUCCCACCAACUCCUGACGAGGAAGAAUCGGGAGAUCGUACACUAGUCAUGAAACGAAAACUUAGUCAGAUGUCUGAUGAUCGUGCAACGGCUAGCGACAACCGACGUUCAGAAAUAGACGAGCAGCUCCUCCUGAAGGAGUGGGACUUUACCCGCUUCUUUCAGGGUUUUAACGAAAAAUUGGAUAAAAUGAAACAGGAGCAUCGACAAGAGGCAGCCGGUCAAGGGAUGAGCAAAUCCGGAUCCAACGAGGAUCAUUCUUCAUCAUCUAGUGAGAGAACGCUGAAGAGACAGGAGCAAUUAGUUCGAAGAAAACAUGAGCAACAGCAUCAUCAAAAGCAACAGCAGCAAUUGAAAUCGAUUCAUAGGCGGCAGGAGAGUGAUUCGAAACUGGGCAACGCGUCGAAUGCUUUUACACGCGCCUUUCGCCGCGAAAACUCGGAUUUUUUCCCGUCCGCGAGGCAUUCGGCGUACUUACAAAAAUCAGACUCUUCGCGCUCUAGUAUAUUCGCCAGCGGCAAUCGACGCGGCAGCGAGAUAAGCGUUGCCGGUAUCAUUGGUAAAAAAGGCAGUGUUCUUAGCACCGGGGAGCCAGUUUUGACAGACUUCUCGCUAUGUCGCGAGGGGCCCCAGAGGCCUAGAAGAGAAAAAACCGAGAGCGAGAUCGUCUUCGGUAGACACGAAGCGAGGCGGUACGAUUUUGGACGUAAUAAAGACGAGAAUGCAAGAAGACGCAGUUGUAGACCCUCGGACGGAUCUAUGGCGUUUGCCGUGGUCGACGAUGCGGGAACGAUUAAGUCUACGGUCAGUACGACAGCCAGCGAGUACAGCCCCAUUGUCAUCCAGAAUCGCGAAGGUGGUGACCGUUCGAGAGGUGGAGGCGGCAGUGAUUUUCAGAGAUCAGAUUCAUCCCCGGGUUCGCGGCCUAGCUCGGUUUUACCGGAUCUUCUGACUUCUUCGCCGGGUCAACGACAGGACAAGUCAACUAGCGAGGAGUAUCGACAAGCGGUGAAAUCACCUCCUCCGUUUGCGCUUCAACAGAAACAGCGAUCUUUUCUGACUUUUGGUUUUGGAGCCGGUCCAGCCAGGAGAGAGUCCCAUGUGAACGUUAACGUAACUCCCACCAGUCAUGAUUUAGCAUCUGACACACCAGAGAUACGUAAAUACAAGAAGCGGUUUAACAGCGAGAUCCUUUGCGCCGCGUUAUGGGGUGUAAAUCUAUUAAUUGGAACCGAGAACGGUUUAAUGUUAUUGGACAGAAGUGGACAGGGUAAGGUUUAUCAACUUAUCAGUAGAAGACGUUUUCAACAAAUGGAAGUCCUUGAGGGUCAAAAUAUUCUGGUUACGAUCAGCGGUAAGAAAAAUAGAGUCCGCGUUUAUUAUCUUUCUUGGUUGAAGAGCAAAAUUCUUCGGACGGAUGGUCACAGUGAUCAAGUCGAGCGACGUAACGGUUGGAUCAAUGUGGGUGAUCUGCAGGGCGCGGUGCACUUCAAAAUAGUGAAGUACGAAAGAAUAAAGUUUCUCGUAAUUGCGCUGAAAGAUUCCAUUGAAAUUUACGCUUGGGCACCGAAGCCAUACCACAAAUUUAUGGCUUUUAAGUCUUUUGGCGAGCUUGCGCACAGACCCUUGUUGGUUGAUCUUACAGUUGAGGAAAAUUCCAGAUUAAAGGUUAUUUAUGGUAGUGCUGACGGAUUUCACGCAGUCGAUCUGGAUUCUGCUACGGUUUAUGAUAUAUAUCUACCAAAACAUACUCAGGGUCCCAUUUGCCCGCACUGUAUAGUAGCAUUACCGAAUAGUAACGGUAUGCAGUUGCUACUCUGCUACGACAAUGAGGGCGUAUACGUAAAUACUUACGGCAGAGUAUCGAAGACGAUGGUACUUCAGUGGGGCGAAAUGCCUACAAGUGUUGCGUAUAUUGGUACGGGACAAAUCAUGGGUUGGGGUAACAAAGCGAUCGAGAUUAGGAGCGUAGAGAGCGGUCAUCUUGAUGGUGUUUUUAUGCACAAGAAGGCUCAACGACUCAAGUUCCUCUGUGAACGUAAUGAUAAGGUAUUCUUUUCAUCAGCGAAGGGUGGUAGUUCGUGCCAGAUUUAUUUCAUGACUCUAAACAAACCGGGCAUGGCUAACUGGUGAUCCCGAAUGAGGCCGAAUCUGGCCCCAAGAUUAUCCUCGCGAUUAUUCUCACUGCACAAUUCUCCACGUGUAUCGGGAUACACAGCGUCAGCACGCACCCUCGCUCGCCCUUCACUGCCAGGACCUAGCGCUUUGGAAAUGAGGAAGUGCGUACACCGUAUUCAACAUUCUUAUCAGCAUCAGCAACAAGUACGGCAUCAUCAAUGUCAACGUCAUCGUCAUAAUUAUUUACAUAAUUUUUCGUGUAAUUAUAAUCAUGACUAUGAAGAAGACGAAGAAUAUGAUAAGUUCCAACGAUGUGUUCAGUUGCCUCUACGAAGCACAUCGGGAACAUUGACGUUUGUGAAUCUGCUUGUCAAGAGAUUCCUUUGUUUUGUUACUUGCUCACCCUGCAGAUUACGCAGCGCGACCUAACAUGUGGUCGAAACGCAGAGCAAAUCCUCUCCCCCUCCUAUUCCACUUCAGAAAAUAAAAGGUAUAUCCAGAAGAUAAAUUACUUCUGAUAAAUCGUAUCAAUAUUAUUAUAUGUGUAUCUUUUUUAUAAUACAAAUUUAUCGCUUUAUUUACUAUAAGUCUGUACUCGUUUACAUUGGCAUGUAUACAUACCUUAAUUCUCAAGAAAUAUUAAUAAAAACGAGAUAAAGUGUGUUUUACCGUGUUUGAUCAAUAAUUAAUAAUUAAGAAUAUUUUAUACGGAACAUGAUUUAGAGUAACGUAGUAGGAGUAUGAACUUAAUUUGUGCUGAUCUUUCUAAAAAUUGUGAAAUAGUAGAAUAAGAAAUGGCGUUGUCAAAUCACCAACUUGCAUAGCCAACUGUGCCGUGCAAUUGUUUUCAAUGUAAGGAGACUCGUGCAAUAUCAACGCUGACUGGUCUAUACAAAAAGACCCUAAUUAUGUAAGAGACUCUUUACUUGAAUCUAGAAUAUCCAAUAUUUCAAUAAUCGAAUUACGAGUGUCGUGGAAAGAAUCGAAGAUCUCGAAGAUAAGAGAAAGAAAAAAAAGCGGAAGCUCGUAUAGUGCUCGAAUCGUGAUUCUUUUUUUGUCGAAGUUAAUUUCUUAGUGUAAAGUUCUGGUGUAGUUCUAAUUAAUGUUCCGAAUAAAAACGGACGACGCGUUACGACGGGCUAGCGUAUUGAAGAGAUGACAUCGUUACAACACGAUAUCAUGAUAAAUUUAGAAUUAAGUGAGAGUAAUUACUAACAUUAAUUAAUUCAUUGUAUAGUUAUAGCAGCUGAGGAUUCUUUCGGCUGACUCGUUAUGGAAAAGACAUAACGACAAUGAUGAUGACACACGAAAUGAAAAAACGCGCGAGUAAAUAUUCGACGGAUGUCGUCACAUUUUUAUAAAUAAUAGAUUAAUUGUAUUGUAGGAAUUUCGUGACGCACGAUGUCUGGACAUGAAUAUCUGACAGUUUCUUUUUCCACGAUGAGUUUUCAGAUUUUGAAAAAUUUUUUUUCAUUUUUAAUACAAUUCUUUUGUCAUGUUAUUUGUCGACGAACAAUACAUUGGCGAUACACAAGUCUUCAGCUUUUAUAAAGAAUUCAUAACUUAGCGAGACGACGUGCGCUAAAAGAGAGGAAGUAUCCUGUCCUUCCGUUUUCCUGCUCGUUCCUUGAUCGCGAAUCGUGAAUUUGUUACAUCUUUGAAGAAGCAUUAUUACGAUCUGAUUUCAUACAAUCUCAAAGAUACUCUUCUCUUUAGUUUGGAAAAAAAUCCUUAAUAAUAUAAUUACUGUAUUGCUAUUAACAUCAGAUUAUCUUCGCUAUUUUAAUUUCGGUGUUAUAAUAAAGAAGGCAAAUUUUCAAAUUACGUGAAAUAUUAUUUGUUCAUAUUGUCCAGCGGAAUUUUUGAACGUGAAUGCAAUCAGUAUACGUAAUGUUUACGCGGGGGUUUUAUUAAUAUCAGAUCGAGUAAUGUUAGAAAUUGUAACAAAAGUGUAAGUUUAAUUGACGUUAUUAAUGUAACACUGGAACAAGUGUGAUAAGAGUGUUAAGAUCAAGAGCCGAGAUUAUCCGAUCCAAAUAUUGUUAUUUCGACUACGAGGAGUGUUCGGGCGAGAAUGAUUGUGUGCGUGUUUGCUUGUAUACGAGAGUAUUGCGCAUAUUGCGAUAAGCAAAUUUGUUUUAACAAUGUCUUUUUUUCGUCUAGCGCAGUUAAUAUAUUCUUGCUCAUUAACACUCCGUUUCUAAACGAGUGACAUGGUUUACUUGAUGCUACAAUGUUUUGAAGUAUUCUAUUAAUUAGUAAACGUCUUUAUUUCGAUUAGUUAAUUAAAUGCUUUGCGAUAUUUGUAAGAUUAGGUGGAUCGCAGUUUAAAGCAACUGAUCACGUCAUUGAUGAUUGGAACCUACAUCUUUUGAAGGAUUUGUUUCAUUAACCAUGAUUAUAACAACCGACAGUCAAAUUAAUAUGGUCAAUAGAUGAUAUAAAUGUCCUGUCAUUCUUAAUGUUAAAAUAUUCACAUCCAUUCUGACUGACUGUCAAUUGGUCUAAUCAGGGUGAAACUGAUUCUAAGAAAAAUAUAAUGCAAUAUGAUACCCUUACGUUACGUGACUUGCAAUACAAUCGGGCAAAGCACAUAGUGAUUUCAACAAUCCCAUCGAAUCUAUGAAACACAUAUAACUGCUAUGUUACGUAUGUAAAUUAGUGAUUUUACAUCUAUUUUAUAUAGUAGUUAUAUUUGUGGUUUGGGGAAUUAUCACAUGAGACAUUUGUAUAUUCAUUUAUUUGUAAAUAAAUGAAUAAAUGUGGUGUGUGUGUGUGUGUGUGUGCGUGCGUGCGUGCGUGCGUGCGUGCGUGCGUGCGUGCGUGCGUGCGUGCGUGCGUGCGUGCGUGCGUGCGUGCGUGCGUGCGUGCGUGCGUGCGCGCGCGCCCGCCCGCCCUACACGAUACAUAUAAAGUGAGAUAAUUUUAACUUAGAUUGACUCGAAAUCCUGUCAAAGCAAGUCUUGUGAAAGUUCUGUCAGUUGCAGCUUACACUGUGGUAAUCUCUGUCGUGACGAAACAUUUUUUAUACCAUUAACGAAAAGGACAACUCUGUAUAAUGUCAUGGAAGACUGUUUUUUAAAUGGAAUAAGCUUUUUAUCGCGCGAGGACAAUGAACGAGUGGCCCACGGAAGGAAAGAGAGAGAGAGAGGAGGCGUAUUUUGGGCAAAUACUUUUGAACGAUUAUACAUUUUAUGGAUUGGCAGGUAUUCGAAUAUAACAUUAUGAUGGUAAUAUAAAUUACUUUAAACUAGAUCUGCGAGAACCAAUUUUGUACGGAAAAACUUUUCCCUUUUCUUUAUUCGACUCCAUUUUUUAAUCUUAAAUUUCUACGGUGUUCGCUACCUUUUUCUUACGUAUUGUCUCCCAAAGAUGGUAGUAAUUUUUUUUACAAUAUAGUAAUAAUAAUAAUUAUCACCACAAUUUAUUGAUUGUAUUAUUACGAUUUCUACUGUUAGAAUAUUGAAAGAGGAGAAAUGUCACGUUAGAUACGAUGUACUAUGAUUACGACGCAAUUAUUAUUUUUAUUACUAUUCACAAUAUUACUAAGGCCAAAUAUAUGGACAUUCAUAAUUUCA